AUGUAUUGGGAGUCGGUUCUUGGACUUCUGACAUUUACUCUCCUUGGAAUCACCCAGCUAAUAGUUGCUGGAAUUGAGACAAGGAAAUGUCCUGCUGGAGACGAUGACCUCCUCGUCGACCUCGAUGCCAAACUCGGGAAGAUCAGCUUUUCAGUCAAUCGCCUGCUGAUCGUAGUCAACUCGCUCACACUCAGCCCAGCGCCUGUCACGUCAACAGUCUUAUCUACUAAAAUUCCACAAAUAACAUCUACUUCUGCGCCAUCUGAAACUUCAGUCGGGUUAUCUGGUGAUUCAUCGGCUGAGUCAACUUCAUAUGUCAAGACUGAUGCGUCCACUCUCUCCUCCACUCAAUUCUCUACUGAUUUUCCUACGAAAUUAUCCACGCGUCUUACUACUUCUGAGCCUGCUGAAUCUUCCACUUUUCCUCCUGCUCAAUCAUCCACUUUUCCUCCUGCUGAAUCAUCCACUUUUCCUCCUGCUGAAUCAUCCACUUUCCCUCCUGCUGAAUCAUCCACUUUUCCUCCUGCUGGAUCAUCCACUUUUCCUCCUGCUGGAUCAUCCACUUUUCCUCCUGCUGGAUCAUCCACUUUUCCUCCAGCUGGAUCAUCCACUUUUCCUCCUGCUGGAUCAUCCACUUUUCCUACUACUGAAUCAUCCACUUUCCCUCCUGUUGAAUCAUCCACUUUUCCUCCUGCUGAAUCAUCCACUUUCCCUCCUGCUGAAUCAUCCACUUUCCCUCCUGUUGAAUCAUCCACUUUUCCUCCUGCUGGAUCAUCCACUUUUCUUUCUGCUGAAUCAUCCACUUUCCCUCCUGCUGAAUCAUCCGCUUUUCCUCCUGCUGAAUCAUCCACUUUCCCUCCUGCUGAAUCAUCCACUUUCCCUCCUGUUGAAUCAUCCACUUUUCCUCCUGCUGGAUCAUCCACUUUUCCUCCUGCUGGAUCAUCCACUUUUCCUCCUGCUGAAUCAUCCACUUUCCCUCCUGCUGGAUCAUCCACUUUUCCUCCUGCUGGAUCAUCCACUUUUCCUCCAGCUGGAUCAUCCACUUUUUCUCCUGCUCAGUCAUCCACUUUCCCUCCUGCUGAAUCAUCCACUUUUCCUCCUGCUGAAUCAUCCACUUUUUCUCCUGCUCAAUCAUCCACUUUCCCUCCUGCUGGAUCAUCCACUUUCCCUUCUGCUGAAUCAUCCACUUUUCCUCCUGCUGAAUCAUCCACUUUUCCUCCUGCUGGAUCAUCCACUUUUCCUACUGCUCAAUCAUCCACUUUUCCUCCUGCUGAAUCAUCCACUUUUCCUCCUGUUGAAUCAUCCACUUUCCCUCCUGCUGAAUCAUCCACUUUUCUUUCUGCUGAAUCAUCCACUUUCCCUACUGCUCAGUCAUCCACUUUUCCUCCUACUGGCUCAUCCACUUUCCCUACUGCUCAGUCAUCCACUUUUCCUCCUACUGGAUCAUCCACUUUCCCUCCUGCUGAAUCAUCCACUUUUCUUUCUGCUGAAUCAUCCACUUUCCCUACUGCUCAGUCAUCCACUUUUCCUCCUACUGGAUCAUCCACUUUCCCUCCUGCUCAAUCAGUUACAGAAUCGAAUCAUCUUUCUACUGAAAAACAACGAACUGAAUCAUCUACAGAAAUAUCUAUUGAUUCGACCACUUCAUUACCGGGAAUUGCAUCUCCUCAGCGCUCUAUUAAAUGGUCGAUCCCAAAGCAAAAUAAAACAUUUUGGGGGCAAUCUACUGAAUUUUCUAACGAAACUCAGGGGGUUCUACUGACUGGGCCUUUCAGUCAGCAAUCAGGCGAGUCAUCUACCCCCAUAUUUGCUAAAUCGAGUGCUGAAUUAGCGACGAAACUGCAGGUAACACAUGUCAAGUCAGCUCAAGCAAACUCAAGAUUUUGCACCGCUCGAUAUCAAGCACAGAAUACAACUUACGUCACUGACACCAAGAUUUCCGGAAGAGACUUGUGCAACCGUCUCUCCUCUACUUUAGACAACGUCUUGAAAGUUACGAGGGAAAUAAAAGUAGACAUAAUAAAAGAGGAACAGCAGAAGGAACUGCAAGAAUAUUCCGAUGAUUUAGAAGGGAGCGUGGUGGAAGUGGAACAAAACCCGUUGUUCAUUUAUGCGAUAGAUGUCAAGGUUCUCUCCGCUUACCUAAGAGACAUAGACAAGUCCGUAGCCGAAGCCAAGACAGCAGUGGAGGAGAAGCUGUCCACCUUUCCCACGCUGAUCGUCGUCAUGAGCACAAUUGGCGGCCUCUUUGCGUCUGCGCUGCUCGUGUUUGGCGGGGUUUUAAUCCACAGGAACAAGAACUACUUACUGUGUCGCAAAAAAAAAAACAAAAGCAAAAUGACUCGCAAGUGAAAUACAUGUAAGUACGAAGCUCAGUGUUAAACCGAGUGAGAAAGUGAUCUGCAGCGUUUAACUCUAAUCUUCCUGUUACGAGAAAAUCUGGGUACACAUCUGUGGAAAAAAAUCUUCUGUCUACUGCGCUGAAUAUGUGUAUAAUUUGGGUUUUAUAUUCAAAAACAUUAUUCAUAUUGCAACAAAAUGUACAUACUCAUUAAUUCUUGCUGACACAUCCAUUUACACAUACUCCACGCACAAACUCACACGCACACGAGAUGGCUUCUUUGUACACAACGCGUCCACAGAUAGCACACGUUGCCAAAAGUCGGUGUAGCGAUGAAAAACUGUUAUCAAGACCGUUGCAAGAUAACUAAUAUAAGAUGAAUGACCUCUUUUCUAAGUAAGACAUCUUCACAGAACUAUGAUAUCCUUGUUUGUGGAAAUACAUAGAGGUAGGUAGUACCAUUACGGUGAUGCUAUUUCCACUACUACUUCUGUAUCAGUAGAAGCCACACCGGUUGUUAUGGUACGAUCCUGGAGGUAUCGGAAUGAGAUAGAGUUUGUCAUUAUGAACAUUCAAUAUUGGAAGAUGAUUUCCUAGUAAUGUAAUUCUGUAGUGCAGUACAUUCUGGCCAAGGUAAUGUAUUGUUAUAGCGAGUGCAAAAGAUAACUGUGUUAAUACCCUUUUUUAGUUCAGUUGUUCCCUUUUCCACUGUAUUAUGCUAAGUUAUAAAUGUAUAUUGUAUGAAUCAAUAAACUGUGUUGUUGAGAAA